AUGGCCCACCGAAUUGCAAAGGCCAUGUCAUGCGAGAACUCCUCGGUGGACAGUGAGUACGUCUACACGCAGGACUACAUCAUCACGCCUCCAGCCUGCACGUGGUCCACACACACCGGCCAAUGGGGCUAUCCGGACCAGUUCGAAUGCGUGGACGGAACCUACUGCAGUGAGACCGAUCCGUCCUGCUGUGUGGCGCACGGUGGACGCAUCAGGUGUCCUGCCAGCGCACCCUUCAUGUGCCACAACAAUUACGACUGCGCCAACUCCCAGGCGAGUCUACUCACGUUGAGUGCUGAGUCUGCCACGCGCGGCGAUGCGUUGCUGUGUCAGGAGCGAUGCUGCAUGGUGACGGAAGAGGCUAGAGAUUUGAUGCCAUAUGCGCGUACAGCACUACUACAUCGCAUGUCUGACAGAAUCCGCUCGGUUAUGGAAGCAGUUGUUUGCUGGGCAUCUUUAACUUCCGAGCCACUUCUGUACUGUAACAGAGGUUGUCUUAGGUGCCAUACUCGCCAGACCGGAUAG